UUGCUAGCUACAGGAAGCAAACGACGAACUCAAGGGGGAAAACCUUCGUCAGUAGGCGGCUGUUUCAAGUUAGAAUAACGUGAUGGAUAGAGUCAAUAAUAGCUCAUCGCUUAUUCGAAAGCCAAACUUUAUUUUAAGGUUUUGUGAUUCUUAGUCACUUUUACAGUUAUGCGGAGAUCUUGUUUUUUUUUCUGAGAUCUUCCGUGAUUGUUUCCAACUGCCUCGGCUCUUGAACUCUUUUGAAUAAUAAACAACCCCUUACACAUCUACGUGUUAUCUUUUUGAACUUCUCCUGCAUUAGAACAUACAAAUAGCUAACACACAAAAAAGCAAUCUUUAUUCAUCCAACAAUAACCUUUAUAGACGAAACCAUCAGAAUAUGCAACGAUUGCUGACACAAACAAAACUGACUAGGCAUCAGUUGCUCUACUACACAGUUUUGAACCACCUAGUUCACAGAGUUGGAAAACCUUCUUUGAGAGCAUUUGUAUAUGCGUACAUAUACAUAGUUCUUCCCAAGGCUCUUGGUCAAUUGAUUAGCCACAUUAAGAAAAACAAAUAUGAUACACUAUAUCCCCGGAUAAAGAAAUCUAUGAUCAAAGCAUUACACCCACGCAAGUUCCCUAUGUUUGCUGCGAGAUUAAUUGCUGGGAUAAACCUAAUCGAGCCGUUAAUGUUUACAAUUUUAAAGAAGACUAAGUUGUUCAGUCAUAGGUCAACUACAAACGUGUUUGUAUCCACAUUGUUUUCAGCUUUGUUAUCAGCACUUGUCAACUUCCCCACUUAUCAAAAUCACAUCAUUGGCUAUGAUAGAUUUAAUUCAUUAGACUUGACUUUGUUAGUAGCAACCAGAGCCAUAGAUACUGUUUUCUCGUCAGAAUUAGGGAAAAUAGUGCCAACGUGGUUGGUGCCUUACGGCGACGUUGUAUUAUUCACCGUCAGCAGUGCCUUCAUUAUGUACUCGUGGUUUUUCCAUGUGGAACGAUUACCACCUGCAUACCACCAAUGGAUUACAUCUGCAGCCAACAUGGAUCAUGAUAUAUACGAAGUAUUGAGGUUAAUUAAAAGCAAGAAACUUGUCUAUGGAGAACCUGGUCCCUAUUCCGAUUUUUUGGGACCUUAUUUUGAGAAAUACGGAAAAGAUCCCAAGGAUGCAAACACGACAAUUAACCUUCCUAUUUCGUGUGAAGCAGUCCAUGCAUUUAAAACCAAAAGCUGUGAACUUCAUGCCCUUUGGCGCUUUUACCGAGGAUUUAAGUUUGCAUUUACAGUUUAUGGUCCAUUGAAUUUACUUCUCUUGUUAUUGCCAAAGAAGAAAAAGAUGUCGCAAAGGCUAUUAAGGGCGUUGACUACAUCUGUAAGAUCUUCUGCUUUCUUAGGAGCUUUUAUUGGGAUAUAUUGGUAUUCUGUAUGUUUAGCCCGGACAAGAUUAUUCCCACUUCUUGCCCCCAAAGUACCCAGAACUAGGUAUGAUGACACUAUUGCUCCUGCCAUGGGGGCAAUAAUGUGUGGGUUGUCAUCCUUGGUGGAGACACCUCAACGUAGAAAAGAAUUGGCUCUUUUCGUGGCACCAAGAGGUCUUGGCACAUUAGUAUCAGCAGAUGCAACCACCGAGAAUUUACAAAUUGAGAGUAUAGUGUUUUCAGUUUGUUUAGCAAUUUUGGUGGCUUAUUCCAAGAGCAAACCUUCUACCGUAAGAGGAAUCUUCGGCAAGGGUCUCAACUUAGUAUUUAAUAUCGACUACUACAAGUAAUAAACAGAUUUGCCCUUGGUU